ACAGUAGAAACCUCAUUUCUCGCGUAAACAGGAGGGUCCGCUUGGAACAGUUCAGCGGUGCCUCUCUGUCGGUCAACAUCGCUCUGCGCAAGAAAACAAACCCAUCGCGACCAUGUGCGCCCAUUUCGGCCAGUGCCGUGCGUGCCCAACACCCAUCUGAACGGUGCCUGCGAAAGAACUAUGCACCAUGUCCCGGUUGGCCCUGCUGCUCUUGUACGCUUGUCGAUGUCUGGCCUAUGGUUUUGAUUCGGGAGGCGACCAGGGGGCCUGUGGGAGGCAGUACAGGGCUGGGAAAAUGCACAGGCCGCCGUGCGACUUGGCCUCAGGGUACUGCACCUCGGCGGGGGCGGCGUACCCCUGGCACGCCGUCAAGCGAUUCGUGAGAGAGAAUCAAGGGUUGAUGAGACGCAUGUACGGGGACCAGAGGCACGGACAAGUACUCAAGGCGGAGCUAGAGGAUUUGGCGCUCCAACCAAUCAGUGACGAGUUUUACCGCAGCCGAUACGACGACAGAAAAAUGUACGCCAAACAAGAAUUCCAUUUCAACGUCGAUAAUGAACUCGGUCGUGACGCCACAGAGCCACGCUUCCUCCGCGAAGAAGACAUCAGCAAUGACGACGUCCUCAAUACCAAGUUCGUGUACUCGGAGGAACCCGCUAUUAGUAUCAAGUUGGCGGACCUCCGGACUGCCCCCCAUUUCAGACCCACUACACACAAGUCCACCACGGCGGAAGCUCCUAGGACUACCACGGUGGAGGAGUCCACCACGCAGACGGAAACCACCACCAUGGAGCUAACCACGGACACCACCACCAACCAGAACGCCAAAACCGACACUAGUACUAACACCAACCCCACGGAGACCAGUAGUUUCAGCGACAAGGAAAGUUCAGGCGGGGGGGCUGUCCUAUUCCAGGAUUUAGACGAGAACAAGAACGCCCACAAGGUGCAAAUCAACUACCAGAUGAAGGGGGUGAACGCCUGCCCUGUGAAAGAGGAGGUCGUGGCACCCUUCUGGGCCAACAACACCCGGGGCGAAGUCCUAGCCCUUCUCAACAUGUACCCGUUCGAGCAGUACGUGCACUGGGAGAAGUGCACCCACGAGCACCGCCAGAUGUACUGUAGGGACGGGUGUAGGUGCGAGCAGCAGUACCGGCUCCACAGACUUUUGGCCUACGACCCCAAUAACGAAUGUCGUGGGAUCUUUUCCGACUGGUUUCGGUUUCCUUCGUGUUGUGUUUGUAAAUGUUACAGUAUACCUCCUGCGGAAUUUCGGGUGACUUCGAGGAGUCCACGAGCUUAUGAGCAAGUUCAAAUGCCUGAUUGGUACAGGCGGAAAAAUGAGGCCAUUUUUUCGGCUGGUGAUCACGGCUAAUGAGCGAAACGAUGGAGACAUAAUUGACGUCAAGGCUCGUGCUUUUUUCUGUUAUAGGAGUAUUUUAUUAUUGUAUUUUUGUACAUUUCGUUAUAUUCUUUGUAGUUGUGUAGAUAGUAAUUAAGGUUGAUUAUAUGUUGUUGUGUUCUUGUAUAAU